UUUUAUUGUCACAUGGUAUUGUUGAUAACUUUUCAAUAUGCCGAUAAAAAAUAAUAACAAAAACAGUGAAAGAUCGAAAGAAGACAUUUUUGAGGAGCAAGAUAAACAAAUUAUUAAAACUACUGAAGAAACCAUUAACAGUAAUUCGAAAGAUCAAAGAAAAUGUUCUCAAAAGUUUAAAGAGGAGCAAAUAACUGGAAGCCUCAAUGAGAUAGUAGUUAAAGAAGAAUCUAAAUUUCAAACACCUGAAGCAAUUACUUCAAUUAAACAAGAUGCUGAACUUUCUAAAAAAGCGAAACACAAAAAGAUGAAUGGAAAAAAGAAACGAGAAUAUCAUGCUACAAUUCUUUUAGGAUAUCAGGAAUCGCUUAUUCCUCAAGAUCUGAAACAGCAAAUCGAAUCUGAUAAAAUGUUCGAAGUUAUGAAAGCUGUAAAUAAAAUUAUGUUCAAGAUUGUUUCGUACUUAUUAGUUUUGUCAUUCUUCAUCGUAAUUCCAUUCUUGAUGGUUUCAUUCGGUGUAACGUACUUAACAGAAUGUCCAGCUCAGAAUAAGGUGCCAAUAUUUUUGAUAAUUGGGGGUAUAGGAAUUUUCAUCGAGACCAUACUUUUUGCCACUAUUCGAUUUGUAGAAAAUUUUAAGAAAAGGAAGACAUAUUUAAAGAUUCCUCUUAUAACACUACUCAUAUUUUUGUUGUCUUGGUUUAUUUUAGGUUGCGUGUGGGUGUACGAAAUGUAUCCACCCGUUUACGACGAUAAAUACGAUCAGCAAUAUUGCAGCAAGAAACUCUACCUAUUUACAUUUUGGAUGAUUAAUUCGGUGUUUAUUUCGGCGAUUGUUUACAUCGGUUUAGUUUGCUUUGUCACUACUAUUAUAAUGAUAUUUGUUCAUAAAAAAGAAAUUAUUUCAUAAUCUGUUACUGAUUUAUCUCAUUUUG